UCAGAUUAAUUAAAAAAGUCAAGUUAUUAAAAUCAUCCCUCUCAAAAGUGAUCAAUAUGACUGUAUUUAAAUUUUUAAUUGUUGCAAGUUUGUGUUAUUGUACUUACGCAAUGGAUUUACCGUCUUAUAUACAAAAAUGUCAUGUAGAGGAUCCAAAUGUAAAAGAUUGUGUUAUAAACAGUGCAAAUGGAGCAAUUCCACAAAUUGUUGAGGGUGUUCCCGCAUUUGGAAUUCCACUAUUAGAUCCAUUCGUAGGAUUAACAGCUGAUAUUGAAUCAGCACAUCUUAAAUUACAUGUUAAAAAUAUGAAUGUAUCUGGUUUGAGGCAAGCCAGACUUAAAGAUUUCAGUAUGAAGUUUGAAGAAGGAGAUUUUAAUUUCACUGUUCAUCUUCCAAAAAUUAUUUUACAAGGCGAUUACACUGUAGGUGGAAGAAUUUUGGUUGUACCAAUUAAAGGAGAGGGUCCAAUGUAUCUUGAAACCGACGAUGCAAUAUUUAACGUAAAUUUAAAAUGUGCAUUCAUCGAUAAAAGAGGUACCGAAUACAUGGAUUGCAAAACACAAAAAGUUGAUUUUGUCGUAAAGAAAGGAUAUGUAGAGUUGUCGAACUUAUUUGGUAAUUCAGAUAUUAGCAAAGAAACAAAUAAAGUAUUAAAUCAAAACUUUGUUGAAGUUAUUAAAGAACUCGCACCAAGUAUAAGCGAUACUGUACGGGCUGUGGCUGACUUGAUUAUACAACGAUUCUUUGAUAAAGCAUCUACGAAUGAAAUAUUUAUAAAAUAAACGUUAAUGUAAAAUAAGUUGCUCAUUUAUUUGAUAUUGUGAUUAUUAUAAAA